AUGGAAUCAAAUAAUGGCUUUGCAACUGCGUUGAACGUGACCAUUGCAUGCUCGGCCAUUCUCGGAAACGGUUUGGUGAUUUUCGUCAUGACGGUCAGACGUGAACAGUUCAGCUCCUUCACUAACCGACUUAUCCGUCACCAAUCCAUCAUCGACUUCCUCUCUGGUUUGGUGUUUCUCCUCAUGACUGGGAUCAUUCAAAGUUCGCUUCUGGAGAAUGUAGAGAUAAAUUUCUCCGGUUGGAUUCUCUGCAGGUUGAUUUUCUCAAACUUCUUUGUUUGGGGUUUAAGCGUAGCAUCCACGUACAAUCUGGUGGUGAUAUCGCUGGAGCGUUUUCUUGCCACGUGCUAUCCGGUCAAACACCGCAACUACUGCUCACUCUUCAAGAUCAACGUUUCAAUGUGUGUUGCUUGGAUCAUCGGGUUCAUAUAUGCUGUCAUGUAUAUUUUCCUCUACAAAGUCAAUGGGAAUCGGUGCGGCUUUAAUCGUUCCAUUAGUCCCACUGCAUUGAAUAUUGUGUUUUGUGUAACUGUUUUCGUCGAGUAUAUCGUUCCAGUCAUCCUUAUAUCGUUUUCGUACGUUAGAAUACUCCUCGUUCUACGAAACAAACUUUUCAAUGCUAACGCCAAUCAGCAAGAUGGUGUCUUCAGUAAGGCUAAGAGAAACGUCAUCAUGACGAUGCUGAUCGCUGGUUGCAUGUUCUUCAUUUGCUGGACCCCGACGCAGACUUUGCGAUUUCUCCUAACCAUUGGUGUCGUCACAAGAAGAACAAGUUCAUUCACUUCAAUCAGUCUGGCUUUCACGGGUUUGAUCAUGUGCAACAUGAGCGUGAACCCUGUCGUUUAUUGCUUCAAGUACGAGCAUUUCCGUACACAGCUUAAGCAACUUGUACGGGGCCGAUUUGGUCGAAGCCGAGUGCGUCCUGGAGUGGAGUCUAACGAUGCGCCCUCUUUGGCCAUAGACCCGAUACAGCAAUCGGCAAUUACACAGGCGAUGUAA